AAUGUCUCUCCGCUUAUAUAUCAUUUUAUCAAACAAAAAAACAGAAAACCCUGCGAAAAAGAAUGCAAAACCGCCACAACGCUUUGUUUUGAAGCUUCACUCAUGUCGCAUGCACUUCAUCUCGUCCCCAAUAACAUUCCUGGUUAUGGACCGACAGACUGCCGAUAUCUCUCCUACUCUGGCAUUUCCGGAAGAGCAGUGACUCUAUCUCCUUGCUCUUCACAUAGUGACCACAAAAUUUGUACACAGGUGAAUGUUAGAUCUUUGAAAUGUAGUUCGAGGGGAAUAAUAUCUUUUGUAUGCAGAGCAGGUCCUGGUGGCCGUAGGAGAAACCCUGACUUCUCGAGGCAAAGACCUGGAUAUCGAGGGAAGAAUAGACAAAAUGAAGACAGGGAGAACUUCGAAAAUCUAGAUGAAUCCGAAAUGAUAUCUUCAAAAAAUGGGCCGUUGCUUUCCCUUUCUGGUUCCACAAAAUUUCAAGCCACUGCUGCCCCAGGUCCAAGAGAGAAGGAGAUUGUGGAGCUUUUUAGGAAAGUCCAAGCUAAACUUCGAGAAAGAACUGCUGCUAAAGAAGAUACGAAAAUCGAAGCCUCACAAGGAAAGGGCAAAGAGAGUGAAACUGUUGAUUCUCUCCUUAAGUUAUUGAGGAAACACUCGGUCGAACAAGGUAAGAAAAAGAACAGCAAUGUCAGCAGCAGAGACUUGAAUUUAGAUACUCCCGAAGUGAAUGGCUCUUCAAAUGAAGAUAAAAGCUUUAGUUUCUUUGGUUCAAAUGAUAGAGUGAGGAGUGAGACGAAAGAAUCCUAUGCCCCUAGUUUAAGCAGACCAGCAUCAAAUUUCCGAAAGAAAUCACCUGUUCCACAAAUGAAAUAUCAGACACUUUAUUCUGAUGAGGAGAUGGUAAAUUCCGUGACACAUGUCAAUUCUGAUAGGAAGAGAAAUUUGAGUUUGGCCAAGUCACAUCCUGCUGUCAAUGAUGUGCCUGAAUUAGAGGAAGAACUAGAGUCUGAAUCCGAUCCCGAGCUUGAAUCCGAGUCAAUCUAUCAAGAAUCUGACAUGUUGGAUGAGUUGUCAGAGGAUGAAUCUUCUGAUGUUGAUGAGGAGGACAGAGAACAGCAUAUUGAGCAUGAGGAUUUGAGUGCUUUGAAACUACCAGAACUCAGAGCGCUUGCAAAAUCUCGCGGGUUAAAGGGAUUUUCCAAAAUGAAAAAGAGUGAUUUGGUGGCAAUACUUAGUAGCUUGAGCUAGUUAGUAAUGAAGCCGAAAAACUAAAGAUCACUUGCAUUUUGAUGGUUGUGAUAUGUGAGAUUCUCAUUUUGUUUUUUCAUGGUACUUAUUUUGUGUUUAUUAUUAAAUGUAUAACUAAACUGCCGAAAAAUCCUUCCAAGAGGCGGGAAGCUAUGGAUGUUUCGAUAUGGUUUUGUCAGGUUACCCUUUUUACAGUUUUCCGCAAAUCAUCUGAGGAAUCAAUCUUCUUUUAUUCUGUA